CCCCCCGGGUUUCUGAGCACGGCGUCGUUGGAACAGCGCUCACUUCAAUCCUUUGAUCGGCUGGUGUGGUUUUUGUGAGCUUUUCGAGCCAAGGAGGUCGUCGGAACAACAACAACAACAACAAAGGAGAUGAGCACGAAGAAGAAGGCAGAGAAUCACUCGAGGGCAGCGAGCAGACCACGGGUCAUGAUGUGUGGAGGCUCCCAUGCUGAUUCGGAGAGGGACUCUGGAUUCUCAGAUGCGAGCUCAGAGCAUAUGAGCACUAUGGACACCACAGACUGUGAGGAUUCGCCCCGUCCUGUUGUGCAGCAGGGAGCACAGGCGCCCGGCUCUCGGGUGGCUGUGUUAGGAGGCUCCUACUCCAACCUCUCUCGCAUGAUCAUCAUGAACAAUGUCCUCCUGAAACCGCCUGAAAACAACCCUCCUGCUCUAAAGCCCUGGGCCUUUAGCCCCGCUGUGGAGGUGGUUCAGCCUGUGGUCCAGCAACCUCAGGUCGUGUUCCUCCAGCCUGUGGUUUCUCGCCAAGCUUCCCCUGCCUCUAAAGAGACCACCUCCAGACACAAACGCCCUAAGAAGUAUCUUCCAAUCCUGAAAUCCUACCCCAAGAUUGCACCACAUCCCGGAGACAAAUCCUCUUCCUCAGGGAGAGGAACUGCGUCCUUGUCUUCACCUUCCUCCUCUUCUUCUUAUUCCUCUUCUUUCUCAACGGAUUCAAAGAGAGGUAACAGUCUGAUCUCCAACCACCGUGAACACAGUCCAAGAGAAAAACAUCCAAGAAGUGUGUGUGGUAGUGUUAGUAGCUCUGGCUCGAUCAUUACCAGUCUUCCUGGUGACCGCGGCACCGUCUUGUCCCGUCUCCAGAACCGACUUUCUUCCCCUACAUCAGAAUCCAGCGCCAGCAGUAGUCCUGCCAGGGAGAGGCCUUCCUCGGCCAUCAGCCAAUCAGAGUUUACCACCUCCCUUUCGAUCACUCAGACCACCGAUUCCAAAAAACAGACACUCCCUUUUCCACGGAUGGACGCCCAGGAGAACGUUAUGCUGGAAGAAAGCGACCUAAGUGACAAUGAUGCUGAUACAAAGAGGAAGCGUUUCUGCAACACCUACAACAUUCUGAGCAAAUCUGGCCUGCUCGACAUUGCUCUUCGUACCAAGGAGCUCCUCAGGCAGAGCCGACACACCCAGAACGACCUAGACCGGCUGAAAGAACACACAGACCUCUUCUUCAAGGCCCUGCGGAGCGGUGACACUAGCAUCUGUAUUAAGCUGCAGGCCAGCCUUCAGGAGGAGGACGACAGAGAGCCAGAGGGGGAGAGAGCUGCUCAGACCAGCUUAAAGGCAGAUUAAACCUGGGUUAGUGCAAGACAGUGAACCUUUAGUCUGGGAUGGGGAAGGGAAGGCCAUGGUUGGGGGGUGUCCCAGCGUUGCAGAGACAGAUGGCCUGAAAGUAAUGUGCUCCACAAUAUACUACCACCCCAGAUUCUCUCACACAGACAGUGUGCUGUGGCCUACAUUUUGGCUGCUGCCUGCCCAAGGGCUCUGACACACCGAGCUGACCUCACAUGCAGAUGAAGACUCUUUGUGGCCACCCAGCUUCUGAUAAAAGUCCCACUGAAAUUCAUUGCAAGAAUAUCUAUACGCAUGAUAAUGUGUAGCUUUUAAAAGUUGCCUGCAAAUUUAGCUUUGCUGUACCUGAUGGUCAGUCAGUCUAAUGUGUUAGGCUUGUAGAAAGAGAAAAGAUGUAAACAAAUGUUUGCUAAAGAAUUGCUUGGUCAGUCUCUGUCAACUCACCCACUGGGGCUUAUUGGAUAGCGUAAAACUGUGAGUGAUGGUCAGCCGCUCCCAUAAAGCUUGGUCACCAACUGUCGACUGGAAGUGUCAGGGAUCAUAGGAAAGAACCACAGCACACUGACCCUGGUUACAACUCUUCCACUAAAACCGCUGCACAGAACUAUUUGUCUCAUUGGCAAUCAAGACCCAAAACGAGAGGAUUGGAUCUAACUUAUGAAGGGAAGAACAAAAAGAAAACCUUCUCUAUGUCAAAAGCACAACAGAGGCUCAGAAUGUGAGAGUUUGAUUGAUUAGAACACCGGGGCAUAAAGUGCACAAGUCAGGAACGAAUUCAGAUUUUUGCAUCAUUCAUGCUUUCCUUUAUGCUAUGUUACACAUAAUACUAAAGAUAGAUUGGUGCAGCAGUUACCAAUUAUGCACAAACUCUGAUUACGACAGGCCUAAGGGAUGAAUGUGUUCAGGCCUUCUGCCAGUCAGCAUCUUCUAAUAUGUGCCUAACGGGUCUUUCAGUUCCUGUUCUGUUUUAAAAACUCGAUGUGAAAGAUUUAUUACGGCCGGCCGACAGUUUCAAAUUCAGCAUUCCCAUCAUGUUUGCUGUGAUACGAGGCAAACUGGCUGCCAGUAAAGCUCCUAAUAGCCUUUUUUAAUUCUUCCCUGGCGAGAUCCUGUUAUCUUCCUGUAGCGCUACCAUUUACUUGUGUAAUAUUUGUUUUAUAUAUGUAUAUACGCAUGGUUGUAAUUUAAUGUGAAAUGUAUGAAAAUAAUCGUGAGUCCCCUUAGACAAUCAUCAAGUGUCUUGAUGAAGAGCAGUUGUCGUGCAUUAACUUCGGGCCUCUUGCAUCCAUGGUUUUGAUUUUCUAUUCAACAAGAAGUCCAACAGUUAGACAGUCAAAUCAGGAACAGUUUUGUGUUUAUUGUUGCAUAUUUGUACGUUUCUAGUUAUGGCCUUAAUAUCCAAAUCCUGUGUCGGUCACAGACCUUUGAAUUUGCACUAAAAUGAUGGAAGCCCAUUCUCCCGGUUAGAAUUAAAUGGCAGCUAUGGGAAAUAAUUAUUUGCAAACAAGAUUGCAGACUUUUUAUUUUUCAAGUGCAUUGUGAGUCAUCAUAAGCACAUUACCAGUAAAUACAUUCUGCUCCUACAGUCAAGUCGUACGUUAGAUUAUACUGAGAUUUUACGAUUACUAGCAGUUUUCUCAAUAUUAAACAUUGUUUAUCAAAUGUCUUUGUCAAUUAAAAUAUGAAAUAUUUGUGACGAUAA